CGCUCAUACACAACUCCCAUCAUCGCGUCUGCUUCCGCCACGUCGCUCCAUCUCCACAACUCAUCGCAGCGACUGCAGACGGCCAGUAUCUUGCGCGUUUCUGUGCAACUUUCUUUGUCCCUGCUUUGUCUCAGCCACACAAAGCGAACGCGCCCCAUCUCCGCGCUCACCUCGUUCACGCCACGCGCCUCCCCCGGCAAAGAAACCAUCCGCUCAACUACGCAUAACCUCUUGCUCUCAAGCAUACACGACGGUCUUCAGUCGUAGCAUCUGCCAGCUUCGCGAGACCCAACGACCGAUCUGACAUCACACCCUCACUCCAGCGAGUCAUACACAUCAUGACCGACAAGCUUAACCAGUCUCUCGACGAGAUCCUCAAGGAUCGCCGCCAGACUGCUCGUCGCGGCCGUGCUACUCGUCGUCCGGCUCCUGGAAAGGCCGCCCUUGCGGCUCCAGCCCCGGUCGGAGGAGUGAAGAAGAACACCAAGGCCCCCAAGGCUGCCGCGAAGGCUGCCAUUCCCACCGGACCUGCCGCCAAGAACCACGGCGACAGCAAGAUUCAGGUCAGCAAUCUGCCGCAUGAUGUCACUGAACCUCAGAUUAAGGAAUACUUCUCCAAGAGCGUCGCUCCCGUCAAGAAGGUUCUCCUCGCGUACGGCCCCAACGGCCAGAGCCGUGGUGUCGCUACUGUCAUCUUCAGCAAGGCAGACGCUGCCGCCCAGGCUGCCGCCAACCACAACGGCCUCAAAGUCGACAACAGACCUAUGAGGGUUGAGGUUCUCCUCGGAGCUUCCGACAUCCCUGCUCCUGCUCCCGCCAAGCCUCUGAACGAGCGCAUCCAGCAAACCAAGCCUACUGCCAAGGCUCAGCCCAAGCCCGCGACGGCGACGAAGGCCGCUGCUGGCAAGGCUGGCAAAACUAAGCGUGUUCGUGGCAAGGCGGCUGGUGGCCGUCCUAAGCCAAAGACGGCUGAAGAACUGGACGCUGAGAUGGCCGACUACUUUGACGGCGGCGCUAACGCCGGGCCUGCGGAUGGCGACACGGCGAUGACCACCAAUGGCGGCGCCGUUCAGCAGGCUUCCAACGGUGGGGACACGGGCAUGGAAGAUGAGGUUAUGUAAACGGAAGCAGGCUUAGCUGUUACGCCUCCACGUGCGGAGGGGUGAUCACAAAUUGAUGAAAGCAGAAUGGGGCCCGGGCGUGUGGAUCGGAUUGUCGACGGGGACCAAGCUGGGCGCUUCUUUUCCUUAUUCGCAUUGUACAACAGCACUUUCGGUGGGGGCUCAUGCGAGGAUGAACAAAUUGAUUACUCUUGAGGGACUAGGCAAAGUCGUGCGGCUCUGAAGGAUGCAAGGCAGUGUAUCAGAUGGGGGAUCUAGGGUAAGCGCGGCGUUCGACAGGCCGACAAUAAUAGCAGGCUAUAACAGCG